AUGGGCAUCUUUCGCAUUGUGAGAAAAACCUUCGUACCGGGUAUGCUUGGUACAUCUACAGCUGCAGCUUACCUCGCCUCUCAAAACCCUGUCAUCUCCCCGCUUCCAGCCAAUGAUCCCAUUUGGUCCUCAAGGCUCUUCAGAAGGGCCAAUCCCAACGGAAACCCCGCGACUCAGGAUGUCGUAAUCAAGAGAAUUCCACUAGAAAAAAUCCGACCCGAACUUCUUCAGAAGAACGGCGAUUUGGCGCUCGAGUUUUGCCGUGGUGUUUGGAGCGGUUGGGGUUUCGAUAUUCAGCGCAGGUAUCUCAGUUUCAAGUGGCGUAGUCCCGAGACCGAACAGCAACUCUGGGAACCUGAACAGCUUUCCACAAGCACCUACGACAGAGGGACCGCCAUAACCGAUCAUUUCGAGGUUGUUGAGAAGACUGCGACUUCAAUCACUGUGCGCUGUGGUGAUUCACCCCGCAACCAAGCACCACGACCGUCCGACGGUCUUUUCCAGAUCAGCGCCACCAUUGACAAGACUCACGAUGAGGUUGAGCUUCGACUCAAGAGCGUCUUGUUCUCGAGUGAAGGCAAAGUUGCGGGAAACAAGGGGCCUAUGCCUCCCUGGAUGACUGAGUUGCAUCAGUGGUAUGCCAGACUUUGGGCUGAGACUGGAUCUUGGAGACUCCUCAAGUGA